GAGAAAAUGACUAUUCUCAUUGAGCAGCCUGAAUUUGGAUCACAAGUGGAGGAGAAAAAAGUCUCAUUCAAUGCCAAUGAACUUAUUUUGGAUGGUGGAUUUAUGGUACCAAAGACAUUGUCUUCUCAAGAUGAAAUAUUUGAAGUGCCAGACAUAAAUGCAUUUGGUCAAUCAUUUAGGGAUUAUAAUGUAGAAAGUGAGAGACAAAAAUCAGUGGAAGAAUUUUAUAGGGUUCAACACAUUAAUCAAACAUAUGACUAUGUGAAAAAAAUGAGAAAAGAAUAUGGAAAAUUGAACAAAAUUGAAAUGAGUAUUUGGGAUUGUUGUGAACUUUUGAAUGAUGUAGUUGAUGAUAGUGAUCCUGAUUUGGAUGAACCACAAAUUGAGCAUUUGUUACAAACUGCUGAAGCUAUUAGAAAAGAUUAUCCAAAUGAAGAUUGGCUUCAUUUGACCGGCCUCAUUCACGACCUAGGUAAAGUACUUCUUCAUCCAAGUUUUGGAGGGCUUCCUCAAUGGGCUGUUGUUGGAGACACAUUUCCUCUUGGUUGUGCUUUUGAUGAAUCAAUUGUUCACCACAAGUAUUUUAAGGAAAAUCCAGACAUCAACAACAAUAUUUAUAAUACAAAAAAUGGUGUAUAUGAAGAAGGUUGUGGACUUGACAAAGUUGUUAUGUCAUGGGGACAUGAUGAUUAUAUGUAUUUAAUUGCAAAGGAAAAUAAAACUACUCUUCCUUCUGCUGCUUUAUUUGUCAUACGUUACCACUCUUUCUAUGCAUUACAUAGAUCAGGAGCAUAUACACACUUGAUGAAUGAGGAGGACAAAGAGAACAUGAAGUGGCUCAACAUUUUUAAUAAAUAUGAUUUAUAUAGCAAGAGUAAAGUUCGAAUUGAUGUGGAAAAAGUCAAGCCAUACUAUCUCUCUCUUAUCGAAAAGUAUUUUCCAACAAAGCUGAGGUGGUAAUUGAAUCCAUGG